GCUUUUUUGCGGGUGAUUCUGGCGCCUCGAGAGGCUGUCUUUGUGAAGGGAUGGGCAAUGAGACUACUUGGGGGUGUAUACCUUCCUCUUCUGGCUAGUGUUGUGGCAGUGUCUAGAAAGGGGAGACACGUGCUUCGCAGACUUGGCACGAGUGUCGGAAUAGUUAUGGAACAGCAAGCAAAGAAGAAAGCAGGUUACUCCGCCGUGGAUAACCACGUCCAGAAUAACCAAGCUGUAGGGAUUGGCAGCGGAUCCACUAUCGUCUAUGCAGUGGAGCGUCUUGCUGAACGUGUUCACCAGGAGAAGUUGAAUAUUGUUUGCAUUCCCACAUCUUUCCAGGCUCGUCAGCUAAUUUUACAACAUGGCCUUACUCUGACUGACCUUGAUCGACACCCUGAGCUGGAUGUGGCCAUUGAUGGAGCAGAUGAAGUCGACUCUGAGCUGAACCUAAUCAAGGGUGGAGGUGGCUGCCUGACUCAAGAGAAGAUUGUAGCAGGAUGUGCUAAACAGUUCUUUGUUAUUGCUGACUAUAGAAAAGAGUCAAAGGUUCUGGGAGAGAAGUGGAAAAAAGGAAUACCAAUUGAAGUAAUCCCAAUGGCUUAUGUGCCUGUUACCAGAGCAAUAACUCGACAAUUUGGGGGUACUGCUGAUCUUCGAAUGGCAGUUAGUAAAGCGGGGCCAGUAGUAACUGAUAAUGGAAACUUUCUAAUAGACUGGAAGUUUGAUCGCAUCCACAACUGGACAGAGGUGAACACAGCCAUCAAACUGAUCCCAGGAGUGGUGGAGACAGGCCUAUUUAUUGCCAUGGCAGAGAGAGUGUAUUUCGGCAUGCAAGAUGGAACUGUUGGAGUGCGUGACAGGCCACAGCUCUAAAAAUACAUUGGACAUAAUCAGACAGUGAAUUCUGCAGCUAUUCUUCUUACAGUCCAUUUACAACUGAAUCAUUUUAAGUUUACCUUUGUUUUAAAGUGCCUAAACAUCCGUCCCAUUGUACAAUAGUGGAAUACCGGCCAAGUGCCAGCUCCUGUUUGGGGAGGCUGUAUGUUACAUUUCACGUGGCUUCCAAUGCUGCUGUCUGUGCAGCUUGGUUGUUUAGUUGCAGCUGAGGAAGAUCACUGUCAGCAGGAAUUGAUCCAACUCUGGGAACCUGAGGAAAAGCAAAGGGAAAAAAUUGACAAUUUUAACUUUUUUCAGUAUGUGUUUUAGCUUUUAACCUGUUUUCAGUUAACAGUGCCCCACUAUAAGGUAACUCUAUUUAAUUUGUCCUUGAAAUCAGAAGAGAAAUGAGAUUAUGUAUAAUAAAGUGUUAUACAGUAGUGCAUAUGAGGAAGAAGUAAGAAAGAAAUGUGAACUCAGUAGCUAGUGAAAACAAAUGCCAAUGCUAGUUAAGCACCAGCAGUAACAUUUUAUAAGUUGACACCUUAUUUUACACGUGUGAAACAAUUUUGAAACUGAAUUAGAAGGAAAAAUACCCUGAAAUAAUAAAAGAAGACCAUUUAUUUUGCCAUGCUGGAGGUUCAAAGAACACCCAUCCAGGGUCUUUAUUUGUCCCACUCUGUUUUUUCAGGUUUCUACUUCAUUAAUGCAAGUUAAAGUUCACCUCUUUCUGCUUUGCUUCUAGACUAAUAUGUCAUUGCAUUGCAUUGUGUACCUCCACUCGGGUACCGUGUGACUCUGGAAUAAAGGUUGCUGGUCCUCUAUACUCUCUUGCUAUCCUCUAUACUACUGCCCUCCAGCAGUUCCAUGAGAAAUUUAAUUCAAGGAUAUAUUGUUUCCACAAUACUUUUAAUUUCAACUUAAUUUUUUAGCUAAAAGUCAAUUUUUGUGAUACAUGAAACUCUGCCUUUAAUUGGAUGAUCUUCAUUGUCCUGCAUGCUGCAUCAGAACAGUUCUAACAGUGUUUAUUUUAUUUUUAAAAAUCACUACAUGUUUUUAGAGAAGGGUGGAAUAUAAACUUUUUUUUUUCCUGUCUCAUUUCUUUUGUAAUUAUUUAGAAGUGGUAUUUACUUUUGAAUACACAGUUUACCAUAUUUUUAACCAUUUUACAUUUUAAUUGUAUGCUAGUUAAGAAACAAAUAUAGACAUAAAUUGAAGAAGGGAAGUGGAAUUGGAACAAAGUCCUGUUCUGGAAAGUCUAUAACAGACUUAAACAUAUAAAUUUCAAAGAAGAGUUUUAGUGUUAUUAAAGGAUUUUUUUUUUCCCGUGUUACAUAUCCCAAGUAGUUUGUAGUGGUGGCCGAGAAAAAUUUUUUAUCUAAUGUUUUAAAACAGAAUGUAGGGGAAAAAAGUUUUAUGAGUGUGUAGAAACUAAUAUUCUAUAGAAAUGAUGUAAAAGAAAAAAAAAUCCAUGGAAAAAAGGUUCUCAUGUUAUUAAUGUCUUUAUAUUCCAAGUCAGUUAUCCAAUCGUAUGCUCAAAACAUGCAAAACGCACGCUUUCUUGCUAAAAUAAUUUUAAAUAUAUACUGGAAAUAUUGGCACACAUCAUAAACCGGAUACAGUAAAACCUCACUAGAAGGCACGUUUUGAGUGUUUGACUGGGUAACACACGUGUAUAAUGAGACACGAGUUAACGUGAGGUCAAACAACACAGCCUUUGUACUUUUUCACACAUCAUUUGCCAUUGUACAGUGCUGGUCACUAUUGGCUCUGCAUGCAGCGUGAAAGCAUGAGAUUAAAAUAUUUCUCAACCACCACCACAAACUACAUAAGGCAAGUAACAUAUAUAUUAAAAUAAAGCUAUUUUUGGGUGAAUUAAUCCUUUUUUUUUUUUGGAUAAACAGUAAAUUAAGAAAUGGAAUAGGCUGAAAGUUUCCAGCUUUAUAAGGAAAAGGUUGGCUGCCCCAGAUGUUGUCAAGUUUCACCAUUGGCAGUAAUGUUCAUUGGCUGCAGGUUGUGUAGGGUUUUAUUACCCUAUUAACCUUGUGAGAAUUUGAUAAUGUUCUAUUCAACUUCACGCCCCAUUACAAGAUGCUACCUUUCUGAAAUUACCCCACUCUGAGUAGUCUGAUUCUUUAAGAAAUCCAAUAAAUCUUAAUUACAUUUAAGCAUGGUGUCCUAAAUCAAAGUAAGCACAGUCAUUUGUUUAAGUAUUUUUAAGUAGAUGUCCAGUGUCAUGAGCAGAACUCACUAUAACUGUGGUGGCCACUCCAAUUGUGUUCUUCACCACAAAAACUGAGAUAAUAAGACCAAAAAAAAAUCUAGUUGGGGGUGUUUGAAAUUAUAUAAGGAAUAAACAUAAGAAGAUGGUAAAUGGGGGGGAAAAAACAACUUAAUAAACCAAAAAUAAAUCCUACUGCCACCAAAUAGUGCUUCAAUUUUCUUUGCUUAUCUGACUUUCACUCUGCUUUUGCCGUCAUACCUGUUGACUGUUUUUCUCUUCUUACCUCCCAACUCCAAACUCAUUUGGGCUAUGGCUAAAAGGCAGCCGUAUAGAUCACUUUGAGGGUGCGCCUAAACAAUUACCUCUGGAUUUCUAGCUAGAGCUUUCACUGUAGACCCUAGGUUUCCCUUCAUUCCUGAACACCAAUAUACACUUAAAAGCUCCUCUUUAUGGCUGCAACCCAUACCACAAAUUUUGAAAAAAUCCGUCCAUGGUCUCUUUAUCUUUGUCUCUCUCUCUCUCUUUCUCUCUCCCUUCCCCACCACCCCACUGGUAAAGGUAGCCUUAAUUAUUCAUUAUUUGUAUCUAAAAUCCUAGAAGAAUAUUUCAUACUUUGGCCUUUUCUAAAUCACUGUCUAAUCUGUAUGUGUGCCUAUGUCUGCAGCCUUCCCAGGUCACAACGUACCUCUACUGUAUACCGUAUACUUAACCAGUCUCAGUUUUUUUUUUUUUUUUUUUUUUUACCUUUUUACUUGAGAUUGACUGAACAUGGCCAUUUUGGACAAGAGAGGUGUGGUCUUUUUUGAUCAGUGUUAAAACGUUGUUGCCUCUUACCUGUCUCUUCAUUUUUUUUAGCUAAAUCUUUGGAACUCUGACCAGAGUAGUUGCAGGCAUCAUUGAAGUUUGCACAGAUGAAUUUUGGUGAUCUAGAGUUGUUUUGAAGUGAAUGUUCUUUUUCUUCUUGUACUUCUGUCUUUCAAUAAAAAGUCUUUCCAUAUAUAAUAA